AUGGACUGCGGCCUCUGCCUUGGCUCAAAGGAGAACCGCGCCUUUGAGUUUGCAAAGGACUUACACGAUCGUUGGGGCGUCGGCGACGUCAAGUGUCAGAACGGCGUCGUCUUGUUCUUGUCCUUGCGUGAUCACGUCAUGGGUCUGUCUGUGGGCAGGGGAGUCAAGCAUGUGUUGAGGACGGACAUGGUUCCGCUCAUCAUGGGCAUUAUGAAGCCCAAGUUGAGGAAAGGCGAGUACGGGCAGGCCAUAGUGGACGGCGUGCACGCCAUCGGCAAUAUUGUUAGCGGCAUGGAGGUUCAGCCAGUGGAGGAAAACUCAUCGGGGUCCAUCUUUCUGCCCAUGUUCUUUGGGGCGGGCUUUCUCGCUUUGAUUGCUAGGAACGCCCGCAGAAAUCAGAAGUUUAAGCGAUGUAAGGAGGCACUCGAGAACAUCGAUAAGGACCGCGCUUGUGCGGAGAACAACCAGUUCGUUGUCACCAGUUGUCCUAUUUGUCUGAAUGACUUUAAGCAGUCGAGAGAUGAGGAUAACGAGGACACGGAAGAAGAGGAAGCCCAGCCGCUUGUGGAAAUUGAUACGAACGGGCCGAAGUCGACUAACGUGGGGAGCUCUGAGCAUAAUGUCAAGUCUGUUUCAGCCGGAAAUGGCCUUCGUACUGCGAACGCAGGCACGGGCACCAUGGAGCAAGACGUCACGAGUGAGGGGGAAGAUGCUGUCAAGAUUCUUCCGUGCGGGCAUAAGUUCCACGAGAGAUGCAUUUUACAAUGGUUUUCUACUCCACAGCAAACUAACUCACAGUGUCCUAUCUGCAGGCAAUCGGUCCUGGAGCCGGAAACAGUCGAGGCCCGAACGAACAACGGUCAACCCAGUGGCUGGGAUGUUUAUGAACCGGAGUAUAACUUUCGCAUGCGAAGGGCUCAGCAUUACUACAGCGAUUUUAUCACACUCGACAUGAUGAACGACUGGAACUCACGUCGACGCGAUCAAACGCCCAUGACUACAAGUCCGGAAUUGACGCGGUUGGAUCCGGCUGCUGUCACUGAGGCGCGGCGGUCGGGAGCUGAUGGCAGUUCUUUCGCUUUUGGAGGUGGCAGCAGUGCUGGCGGUGGCGGUGGCGGAAGCAGCUGGUAA